AUGAAGCUCACUAUCAACUCCUACCAAGCUGUUGCCGAGUGGAAGUGGAACCUUCCGGAGGGCCACGACAACGUCUGUGGUAUCUGUCGCGUGGACUUCGAGGGCACUUGCUCCAAGUGCAAGUACCCCGGCGACGAUUGCCCCAUCCGUAAGUCCAUCAACUUGAUCUCCAUCUUGGUGUCGAUCAUCACAUGCUAAUGCUUGGCAGUCAUCGGUGCUUGCACCCACUGCUUCCACCUCCACUGCAUCGCCGACUGGCUCGGAUCGGAGGCGUCGCAGGGCCGCUGCCCAAUGUGUCGCCAGGUCUUCCGCGAGAAGGCCGCCUCGACGCCCGCUGCCGGCAACAAUGGCGGCGGCGGCGGCGGCGGCGGCGGCAACCCGCGCACUCCAUCCUCUGUCGCUUCGGGUUCCGCCCAGCAGCAGGUCGGUGCUCAUCGCAACGACCGCGGCGGCAGCUCUGAUAGCAGUCGCACCCGCUGA